UUUAACAGAGAAUAUAUAAUGUAUUGUUGCUAAACCUUUUACUUUACCAGAGCUGAGAGGAAAUCAAAACAGUAAAUAUUUUAUGAAAUAACAAAUGGAAAAGAGCUCAAUCAUUUGCAGCCUCACAUCUGUUAAGAUUUGAAGACCGGUAUGUUAGUAUCAUAUGUAUUGCAGUUCUUGGAUUUUUUUGGUAUCAAAUUUGGAAGGGGAAAACAUUUCCAAAAGUUACCGUUUUUCAUCUAACGAACGCCACCCUCUGAUAAACGCCACCCUCUGAUAAACGCCACCCUCUAUUGAACGCCGCCCUCUAUUGAACACCGCACCUUCAGCCAACCACUUGGAAAGAAACCCGCCCUCUUUUGAAUGCCACAUCUUGAAAAGCGGCGUUCAUUAGAAAACACACCACUACUCGAAACCUAUGAAAGUUUUUAUGUCAUUGAGAAGAGGACUCUGACGGAGGCAGGGAUAUUGACAUUCCUUGACAUUUCCAUAACGUGAAGGCAUCUUUUGUGAACUGUCAAAAAUUGUUCACACGAUCUUUAUUACAUGUUUUCUGGAAAAGAAAACAUUGUUUUAAGUAUGUUUUCACCUUUUUUCAUCGCAUUUUUGAUUUGAAAAACUUUUCAUUUUGUAUUAAACGCCGCCCUCUGAUAAACGCCACCCUCUAUUGAACGCCCCAUCCAAAAUUUGAAGUUUGUAAUAAACGCCACGGCUUUCUUUAGACGAAAUACGGUAUCUACAUUUAACACAGAUUAUGACAUCUUGAAUUUACCAUCAGAGCCCAUGGAAGUACAUUUUUUAAAUAUCCUCCUAUGCUACAAACCACAAUACAAAAAACGCAGGUAGGCAUAUUGCCCUGCAAGUCGGUUUAUUUUUUGUCCACAUGGUCACAAACGUUAGGUACCCAUGCAGGGCUACACAUUGCUAUGCUGUGAUGGGAAGGGGGGGAGCUUUGGGAUUUGACACCAGCCAAACAAGCCAUGGGGGGGGGGAGCUUUGGGAUUUGACACCAGCCAAACAAGCCAAUGUUGCAAUUUUAAGUUGACUUUGUAGAAUGCUGUGUGUCUCUGGAUUAUUUCAUCUUGUAUUAUUGUACUUUUGAAUCUCCUGUUUUUGAAAAAUUAUAGUAGGGUAAAUUAUCCUGAUCAAGUUUUUGGCAGGUUAAAAAUCUCUUUUGCUUCCAAAGAAAACAUAGAAAUUGCUAUGGGUACAAAACGGUUUUAUUUUUUCCUUGCCAAAAUGAGAAAUGUGAUCUAGUUUCAGUAACUCAAUGAUCAUUGCAGAACGCACUGCAGGAUAUUACACAAAGCUACAAUAUUUCGCCCAUCAUUUCGUGUAUUAGAAUAGAUAGACUAACUCAGUAACUGAAAUGUCUUGCAACCAUUUCAAAACUAUGAAGCAUGAAAAAAUCUGAAUACAGAAGAAUCCCUUGUUAGGGUUUUGCUGGAGGCUUUUCCUUAACAUUAACAUCUCUUCGAAGGGUAUUCCAUGAAAUUUCAGCAUAGCUUCACCAUGGCAACUCAAAAUAAUCUGAUGGAAUGGUUGUCUGUGAAAGUUUCACAAUUAAAGUUUCACUUUUUCGAUUUUGCAUCACACUAGUUCAAUUCUAAGUGCUAGCCAUUCUCUCAAAGUAAACAAAUAAACAUCGUUUUUGUGAAGAUCCGUGCUGCAGUUUGCUUUUAUUCGUGAUUCCUACCUGUUUUCUGUGUAAUUGUAAAAGCACGCCUGCUUUGAGAAUGUGACGUAAUCAAGAAUGCCUUGAUAACGUGAUAAUCUAAUCUUCAACAUAAAAUUAUUGUGGAACAUUGAAACAUAUCCAAAGAGCAACGAUAUCUUGGAAGUAAAGUCUCCUUCAUCAAAAAUGCUCUUCAUUGUUUGUUUUCCUUCUAAAAUAAAUUAAAGAGGUUCUAUUUUGACCACUUUCUGAUGAAUUACGGUUGAUUAAAGUUGUUUUAUAAAUCGUUUUCAAGUUUGUGUCAUAAGCAAAGUUUCAGGUUACUGAUGGAACGAUGAAGUUUUAUUUAGCUACACUAUAGCAGAACAAAAUAGGAUGACUGCGUGUCAAUUCUAUGCUGCCCUGAAUUGCCGACACCUGCUUAAGAAAAGUACUUCAUGCGACCUGCGGGUGUAAAUAUUAAUCAAAUAGGAUCGACUGCCAAUCUACGAACGGCGUCACUUGUCGAUCUGAUAGCAUCUAUUCACGAUAUUGUUAAAGGUUUAUUUCUGGUACAAUUAACAUAUGGCCAGAUUCCUAAGAAAAGAGCCCGCUCAUUUCGCUGCGGAGCUUUUUGUCAAUGAAAGAUGCCACUAGGAAGCACAUAGAGCCGAGCUACUACACGAUGCUUGGGAACAGGUCUUGCAAGGUAUUUGCUGGCGCUGUAAACACGCAUUGAUGGUGGAAAACAGUGCUGUCUACGGACGUGAGAGGUAAGUUGGUCUGGAUUACUUUUUAGCCAGUUGCAAGAAAAAUGUUAUAAGAAUUCGAUACUACCUUUGGCUAUCAACUACAUCCGUCUAAACAAAGUGCCGCCCAGUUGCGACUGAGAUGCACAGAGGUGUCCUAUGACCUAUGCAAUGAGAAAGUUGAGAAUUCAUGCCCUUGACUGAAUGAAAGAAAGUGCACGUGUGUUGUGAAAACACUGCGAAUCCCUUCACCAAACAGGGAUACAAAAGAUGCAACGAUGCUGAGAGGCGGAUCUUCUACCGACACUAGGGAGGCUGUUGUCCUUUUGUCUGAGAAAGAUAAAAAGAUCGCCGAACUCAAGCGUCAGCUGGACAGCCUCAGGGCUCGAAAUCUCGGCUUGGAAAAUUGCGUAAAGAAUCAGGAUUCGGCAGUCCGCAAAAUAGGAUCGCUCAUCGUAUCUCCACGCUCUACAGAAAGCAGUGAUGUCGUAACAUCAGACGAAAUCGAAGACGUUAUCGAUGAUGUUUACCGAAAGAUUCGUCGCAUGGAAGACAUAGACACGGAACUAAAUGGAUUUGCAAGGGGAGCGCGAAAGAACGGAACUUUGCAUUUGAGAGGGGAGCUGGAGUUCGAUGGAAGAAGAGGGUACAGAGGAAGCAGUAUUUUAAGUUCGGAUAAAGGAAUCACAGGGAAGGAAAAUCAAGGUUUAAACGAAAAAGGAAAUCGCAACCGAGAAUUUAAUGAUAAAGUUAAGAGAGCCGAGGAUGACAUUUUUGCGUCAGAAAGAGCUUUCAGGCAAGUAGCUAAAGACAAGCAUUUUGAUGAGAAGAUGCUGAACUUUCGUCUAGAGCAACUGAGAACUGAGCGCGAUACACUAUACGAUAUUAUAAAACAGUAUGAGCCAAUACUGUUCCAAGUUGGAGAAGACGCAGCCAAAAAGGUGGAACAGAGAAAUGGAGAUAAAAAUUAUAACCCCCGUCGGCUGGAAAUAGAAGCAACUGUAACCUUGCAAAAUAAAGGAGCACAAGAAAAGGAAAAGGGGGAAUUGCUUUAUCAUAUAGAGGAACUUAGGAAAUGCUUACACGACAUAAAGGACUACAAAUCAAGAAAAAGAGGGAAAAGAGUUGAAGGACCGGAUGCUGGUUCAAAUGAGAUAAAUGACAAACGUGAUGCGAAAACAUGCAGAACAGGGAGGCAAGUUUCAGAAAACGAGUCAGAUGAAAACAAAGCAAUCGAGCCAUACACUAAAUAUGACAUCUAUGAACAGUAUAAAGAUGGGAAGGACAGAAGCCGGAAACAUGAAAAGCCUGAAGGAUUGCUCCGAGAUCCAGUGAGAAACCAGCCCGGGCAUAGCAGUGGAAAGUCCAGUGUACCCGGAAACUUGGAGCAAAUUAGAAGAAUUUCAUUAACCGCAGAAAAACCGGGUGUUUUGAUUGAAAGUGAUGUCAACGAAGGAAAUCAUGUGACCCGUUUAUUUUCCAACAGAAUAAAGGAGCUAGAAGACCAAGAAGCUGAAAACAAAAAAAUGAUUGACAUUUUGCGAGAAGAGUUGAAGUCAACCAGCGAAGCAAAGGCAGGAGUAAUGAAGGAGCGAGAUGGGUUAUUAAACAAAGUUAAAGAAUGGGUUACAUCAAUGCCUGAGGAGAAAACCAAGCAUGAUGGAUUGGAAGAUAUUGUACUCGUGCUGGAUGAGCACUUGCAGGCUAUUAAGGAAGACCUUCUUAAGGCAAAGAUUGAUCGCGAUGAGGUAGAAAAUCAACUUUGGAAAGCAAAAAAUCAUUUGCGAGAGGAAAUUGAGCAAAAGGAUGACAUUGAGAAGGAGCUGAUUGCCAUGAAAAGAAAAGAUGCUGGCAACCAAGAAGAAAUAAAGCGGCUGGAUGAUAGGGCUGAUGAAUCAAUGAAAAAAAUAAAGGAGCUAGAAAACAGUCUUGAGGAAGAGCAGGAAAAAGCCAGAGAUAUGGAAACAAAGGCCAAUGAUUUUCGUGAAACAUCGAAAAAAGAAACACAGCGAGCAGACGUAGCGGAAUCGAAGCUGCUGGUUUUAGAAAAAGAUUUGGAAGAAGAAAAAGAGAACUCGUCUGUAUUUCGAACAAUGUUACAGGAAAUGGAAAAAGCUAAAAAGAUCGCAGAAAAGGAUAUUGAGUUAAUUAAGAUGGAAUAUGAGAAGAGCAUUAAGAAUAAUAACGAGUUAAAAGCUGUUCUUAAGAAUGAAAAAGAAAUUGUUGAAGAAUUUCAAAAGAAGCAAGCAAUACAGGAUGAGGAACUGGAGAGUACGAAAGGUGAACUCAACAUGGCACUGAAGGAAAUGGAUGACCUCAAGCAUCGGCUAAAGAGAACGCAGGAGGAUUUGACGGCAGCAGAGCUAUUGAGACCAAGGCUUGAAGAUGCGGAAUAUCAGAAUUCACAGCUACAGAGAAACAAAAACAUAUUAGAAAAUGAAUUAUCAGCAACUAAGUUAAAAUGUCGGAGCAUGACAGAAAGGAAUGACCAGCUUGAAGGGCUUUUGGAAAAACUUAAGGAGGAUUUAAGCAAAGCGAACAGUGCUAUAAAUGAAUUGAGCGAAUUGAACAAAGUGCUGAAGAAGUCUGAAGAGACUCUAAGGAGGGACGUAGCUGAAACUAAAUCAGAGGUUGAAGAUUCAUUACGCAAUAAUGAAGAACUGCAAAGGAAGCUGAAUCUCAGAAAUGAAGAGCUGAUAAAAGAACAGAGAGAAAAGGCGGAAGGAAGAGAAGAAAUACGCAAGGCUAAGGAAGAAUUGAUACAAAAGAACAGGGAGGUGGAAGCCAUGCGAGGACAAAUAAAUGAAGAUGAUAAAGAAAAAGAUCGAUUGAAUGCAGCAUUAACAGAAGCCAAGGAUGAACGAAAACGGUUGAAAGAAAAGGCAGAGGAGGAUAAUGAAGCACUUAAUGCUUUUGAGAUGGAGCUUAAAUCUUUGAAGCUGUUAAACGAAACAUUAGAUUCAGAGAAAAGAAAAUUGUUUGAUAAAAUUAAAACGGAGGAAGGAAAGGUUUCAAGACUGAAGGAGUCACAGACGACUUUAAAAAAGGAGAGAAAUGAAUUAAAAGAAGAGCUUGAAAUGACAAAGCAAGAAGUAAUCGAAAAUGAAAGCAUGAUAUUAGAAGCAAACAAACUUCUUGAAAGUAAAGACGAACGGCUGAAAAAAGAAGAAGAAAAAGUUAAAAAUCUGGAAGGUGAAAUACAAGAUUUCGAGGAGGAUUGUAAACAACUCAUUAAUGUCAAUGAAAAGAUGAAAUUAGAUGAAGAGAUUUUGAAAAAACAGCUCAACGUGAGUCAAAACGAAUUUAAAGGCCUUCAAAAGUCUUUGGAGAAUUCUUGGAAAGAAAAGGACGAUUUAAGGAAAGCAAUAGCAAAAUUGCAAAAAGAAAAUAAAGAAAUUACUGAUAAGAUCAAAGUAUUACAGGAAGAUGUAGGCAAAAAAGAAGAUGGUAUCAAAAUUUUAAAAAGCAGGGGGAUCGAAAAAGAAAACGAAAUUUCGGAGCUAAACGAAAAGGUAGACAAAUUGAAACAGGAACUUUCAAAGAUGAAAGAUGACUUGGAGAAAAAGAAAGACGAGAAAUCACAUCUAGAGAGAAGGUUGUCUGAGAAAGAAGAACAACUUAAAACACAUCGUUCUAAAAACAGCGACCUGCUAGAAAACAUAUCUCUUAAGAACGAGGAAAUAGAAAAGCUACGCGAAAAAAUAAAGAAUGUUACGAGAAGCAAUGAAGAACAAAGCAAUAUGAUCAAGAGUCUUAGAUCUUCAAUGGAACGUUUGAAAUCGAGGCACGACUCUGAGCUGACAGAAGUUAAAGGGAAGCAAGAAUUAUGUCAGGAAUACAUUCAAUCACUGCGUAACCAGGUGGAAGGCUAUAAAGAGCGUGAAAUGAAAUUCCAGAAGAAUGGGAAUCAAAUGAAGGAGGAAUUUGGAAAGUUAACAAACGAACUAACACAAGCCAAGACCAUAUUACGUGAUUUCCAAGCAGCACUGUUGGAUAAAGACAAUGAUCUAAAAAAGAUAAACGAUGCUGUUUUGCUGCUUGAAAAUGCACACGCGACGAGGCAAGCAGGACUACAAAGCAGACUGUUGGCACAGCAAAAUGAGCUCGAAGCUCUCAACAAAGAAUGCUCUAAUUUGAAGAAAGAGAUACUGGACAAGGAGCAUGAUGCAGCAACUCUGAAAAACGACAAGGAAGAUAUUGUAGAAAGAAUAAGAAAUGACGAGAAGAUAAUGAAACAUAUGCAGGAUGAAAAUGGCUAUCUUUUGGAUAGUUUAAGAAAAAUGAAGAAAGAACUGAUGAGAGGAAACGAAACAUUGGGAAUGAAGGAGCGGCAGGUGGAAGAAUUGCAUGAUAAAAUUGCUCAAGAUGGACACGCUGUUGAGGAACUGGUCGAGUAUUUGGAGGGAACAUUGAGAAAUGUUCGUCAACAGCUGGCAGUUGUUGAAGAUGAGAAAAUCAAUCUAAAAGCGUUAAUGGACAACGAUAAGUUGAAAUUAAAAGAGCUGGAAGAUUCCUUGAAAGAAGUAAAGCAGGAGCUGAUGCAGAAAGAUGAUGAUUUAAUGCUAGAGAAGGCAAAGGCAAGUGAUCUGGAAAAGAGGCUACGGAAAAAGGAGAAUGAAAUCGAGGAUAAAAAGAAAAUCGAGGAACUAAAGUCUGACCUUUUUAAGAUUGGGAGAGAGAAACAAGCUGCAGUUAUGCGGCUGACAAAGGAGAGAGAUGAAGCAAUUUUGCAGAAAACUGCAGAGAAGAUGGCGAAAGAUAAUAUCAAAUUACAGAUGAAGAAUAUGAAAGACGAGGUAGACAAGUUGAAAAAGACCAAACAAGAAAAAGAUAAAGAAUUUGAUAAGUAUGUUGAAGAACUGAAAAGAAGAUUGGUGGAAAGCAGAGAGAAAGAAAAAGAAGCGGUGGUCAAAGAGGCAGAUUACAGGUUGAAAUUGAAAGAAAUGUCAGAAACUGUAAGAGUAUUAGAGAACAGAAUCGAAGAUGCUGUGUAUAUGGCAGAAGAAGAGAAGAAACGAAGGGAAGAGAUUUUGACACAGUUGCUUAUGCCCUUGGAAGAAACAGAUAUAAGAAAACGGGACGAAAUGAUUGAUGCAGAAAAUUGGAAGAAAAGAGUCGGUCAUCUGCACAGGAAUAUCGAAGAUUUUAAGCACCAAUUCUCUAAAUUUAAGAGUAAAGCAGUAGCCGACGGUGAGGCAUAUAGGGGUAUGUUUGAAAGUAAAAGAUCUGAUGAAAUUCACGAUUUGAAGAGAGAAUUAGAGUCAACUAAGAAAGAUAAAGGUAAGAUGCACGAGAGGUUGAAACAGCUGAAUUCUGAGGUGGAUUUGCUUUCCGAGAAAAAAGAGAAAGUGGCAAAAGACAAUGGCAGGCUUACUGAAGAACUUCGACUUGCUAAACAGGAAGCGCUGAUUCAAAAACAUGAACUUGAUUGGUUGAGGGACACAAUAGGGAAAUAUGGCACACAGAAGAAGCCCGUUGAUUUGAUUUAGAAUAUCUAGGUUAUGAUUCUUGUAUGCUUAUUACUGAUCCAGAUAUUCAGGGAUAAAAAGAUUCAAAUUUUUUGCUACAAAAAUUCCAGUUUUUUACUCAUGGAGCAAAUAGCGAAGAGAGCAUUUCUAAGGAUAACUGAAAACUUUUAUUUAUAUGGUAACCCUUUCAGUUGCAUUAUCAGUAUAGUCAGAGAUUAAAAGGUUCACGAAAAAGGAACCAACUUAUCAAAAUA